AUGGAGGCGAUUUUGGUUGGUACUUUCGAAGAGGACCGAUUGCGAAUCGUUGAUAGUUUUGUCAAUGCAUUAAACGACGACUUCAUUUGGUCGGUCCUUGAAAAGCAAUCCUCUUACCUACCAGCACUACACGGACGCAGGGUGGAAUUUCAGUGGUGUUUGUGGUUUUAUCGUGGAUCGAAACAAACAGGAAAUAAUCCUUGUUAUGAUGACAUGGGCUUACCACAGCGAUGUGUGCCAGACUUCAUUAACGCAGCCUUUAAUUUGCCAGUUGAAGUGACGAAUACUUGUGGUGUUUACGGACCUACAAGUUUUUGUGUUCAGUCAGGACAUAGUGGUAUACGCAAAGUUUGUGAUAUUUGCGAUAGUCGAGUGCCUGCCUACGCUCAUCCACCAUCGUUUCUAACCGAUUUCAAUAAUGCAAAUAACGAGACAUGGUGGCAGUCUGAAACAAUGAACGAGGGAAUGCAAUAUCCAAAUUCUGUGAAUUUAACGUUACGCCUUGGCAAAACAUUCGAUAUCACUUAUGUUCGUCUGAAGUUUAUUAGUCCACGACCGGAGAGUUUUGCCAUCUAUAAGAAAGAACAUACCGAUGAGGAAUGGAUACCAUGGCAGUAUUACAGUGGUUCAUGUCGUUCCACGUACGGUUUACCGGACAAGGCGCCAAUCCUUCCGGGCAAUGAGGCAGUAGCUCAGUGCACACGAGAAUUCUCGGAUAUUUCGCCACUAACAGGUGGAAAUAUUGCAUUUUCAACCCUCGAAGGACGACCGAGCAGUCACAGUUUUGAAGAGAGUGAAGUGUUACAG